UGUUAGCCAGCAAGAUAGCAACACAGAGCUCAGGCAAGCCUGAGAGACACUAUUUCUCUUUCUCUCUGGCAUACACACACUCUUCCUCGUGCACACACGCAAACAAACACACACACUCAGCAGUAGACAGCCGCAACAUCCGCAUCGCUCGCUGCCCACCCGCAUCCUUCUCCCCCUUUCUCCGAGCCUUAUUCCUGUCGGAGCGCUCUCCUCUUUCUCUUACUUGCUCCGUCUGCAACGCCUCAUCCUGCCGUCCUGUCCCCCCUCUGCUGUCUGUCACCGUGGCGACAUAGCCUCUGCAGCCAUGGCGACCAGCCAGCAGGAUUCGGGCUUCUUUGACAUCAGCCUCAAGUCUCUGCUGAAGUCCUUUGGAGGCACUUCUCCAGUGGGGCUGAAGCCAUCCAUCCCACCAGCCAGCGGUCCCUUGGGUGAGAGGAAGGGCCCCGUCGUCAUGGCGCCUGUCAACGUGGACCCAGAGAGCAAGCCGGGCGAGUUUGUCCUAAAAAGCUUAUUUGCCAACUUCACCUUGCUCUCUGAACGCAAGAUCCGUAUCAUCAUGGCUGAACCACUGGAGAAGCCACUAAACAAAUCUCUGCAGAGAGGAGAAGACCCACAGUUUGACCAGCUGAUCAACUCUAUGAGUUCACUUGCUGAGUACUGCCUGCCAUCCAUCCUGAAGACUCUGUUCGACUGGUACAAGAGGCAAAAUGGCCUGGAGGAUGAGUCCCAUGAAUAUCGACCCCGGGCCAACACCAAGUCAAAAAAUGAUGAGCAACAGAAGGACUACUUAUUGGAGCGGAGGGAUCUGGCGAUAGAUUUCAUCUUUUCACUGGUGCUUAUUGAAGUUUUAAAGCAGAUCCCCCUCCAUCCUCUUUUGGAUGGACUCAUCCAAGAAGUCGUUAACCUGGCCUUCAAGCACUUCAAAUACAAGGAAGGGUAUCUGGGGCCUAACACAGGCAACAUGCACAUAGUAGCUGACCUCUAUGCUGAAGUAGUGGGAGUCGUUGCUCAGUCGAGGUUCCCAGCAGUGAGGAAGAAGUUCAUCUCAGAGCUCAAGGAGCUGAGGCAGAAAGAGCAGAGCCCGUACGUCAUCCAGUCCACCAUCAGCCUCAUCAUGGGACUCAAGUUUUUCCGCAUCAAAAUGUACCCAGUGGAAGACUUUGAAGCUUCCUUCCAGUUCAUGCAGGAGUGUGCACAGUAUUUCCUGGAAGUGAAAGAUAAAGACAUUAAGCACUCAUUAGCUGGACUCUUUGUGGAAAUACUUGUACCUGUAGCUGCUACUGUGAAGAAUGAGGUGAAUGUGCCGUGUCUACGAAAUUUUGUGGAAAGUUUGUACGACACCACACUGGACCUGUCCUCUAGGAAGAAACACUCUCUGGCCCUGUAUCCUCUGGUGACCUGCCUGCUGUGUGUCAGUCAGAAGCAGUUCUUCCUCAGCCGCUGGCACAUUUUUCUCAACAACUGCCUCUCGAACCUCAAGAAUAAAGACCCCAAGAUGGCACGAGUGGCUCUGGAAUCACUCUACCGCCUGCUGUGGGUGUACAUGAUCCGGAUAAAGUGUGAAAGCAACACUGCUACACAAAGUCGCCUGACGUCCAUCACCACCACUCUCUUCCCCAAAGGGAGUCGUAGCGUCGUGCCCAGAGACAUGCCCCUGAAUAUUUUUGUCAAGAUUAUCCAGUUUAUUGCCCAGGAGAGACUCGAUUUUGCUAUGAAGGAGAUCAUAUUUGACCUGCUGAGUGUUGGGAAGCCUGCCAAAGCCUUCAGUCUCAACCCAGAGCGUAUGAACAUUGGUCUACGGGCGUUCCUGGUGAUAGCAGAUGCUCUCCAACAGAAGGAUGGAGAGCCUCCUAUGCCCAACACAGGAGCCACUCUGCCCUCUGGAAACUCUCUGAAGAAGAAGAAAACAUAUCUCAGCAAGACACUCACUGAAGAGGAAGCCAAGCUAAUAGGCAUGUCCUUGUACUACUCCCAGGUGCGAAAAGCUCUGGACAACAUCCUGAGGCACUUGGACAAGGAGGUGGGUCGUUGCAUGAUGCUCACAAGCGUCCAGAUGCUCAACAAAGAGCCAGAGGAUAUGAUCACUGGUGAAAGGAAGCCUAAAAUCGACCUGUUCAGGACAUGUGUAGCUGCCAUUCCUCGUAUCCUUCCUGAUGGCAUGUCCAAGCCUGAGCUCAUAGACUUGCUAUCAAGACUCACAGUGCAUAUGGACGAUGAGCUUCGUCUUAUUUCCCAGAAUUCCCUGCAGAGCCUGUUACUUGAUUUCUCAGACUGGAGGGAAGACGUCCUUUUUGGUUACACACACUUCCUUUUACGUGAGGUCCAAGACACCCAUCAGUGUCUGCAGGAUGCAUCCGUCAAGCUUCUUCUCCAGCUGCUCACACAGUGGAGGUUAGCUCUGCAGCUCCAGGGGAAGAUGCGAGGGGGAGUUGAGGCCAGCCCUAGACUGCCAGAGCGAAGCCCUCAUUGUUCAGUACUCCAUGCGGUGGAGGGACUGGCUCUGCUGCUCCUCUGUUCGUGUCAGAUCAGCACAAGGAAGCUGGCAGUCGGCGUGUUAAGAGAAAUACGCUGUCUCUUCACGGCACUGGGACAUGCUGAGGACGAUGACAAACCCAUGAUAGAGGUCAUGGACCAGCUGAGCCCUGCUGUAAUGGACAGCUUUGUUCACGUGGCUGUUUCUGACUCAUCCACCUUGCCUCUCAGCCACCACGUUGACCUCCAAUGGCUAGUGGAGUGGACGGCUCGACUGGUGAGCAGUUCGUACGACGUGAAGAGCCCCAGCCAUGUCUGGAUUUUUGCCCAGUGUGUGAAGGACCCAUGGGUACUCUGUUUGCACAUCUUUUUGCGGCAAGAGCAUCUGCCUAAGCACUGCCCCAUUGCUCUAGGAUAUGCCUGGCCCUACGUUUUCACACGGCUACAGCUGCUGCUGCCUCUGGUUGAUCCCAACAGCCCAGUGAACGCUAAGAAGACGAGCACGGCAGGCGCCAGCGACAGCUACAUCUCACUGUGGCGCAAUUACCUAAUCCUCUGUCUCGGAGUGGCUAAGCCAAGCAUCAUGUCACCUGGGCAUCUCAGAGCAUCUACACCUGAGAUCACUGCCACCACACCUGAUGGCAGCGUCACCUACGACAACAAGGUUAUAGGCACGCCCUCUGUGGCCUGGCUUUUAAAGCAGCUCGUCCCACUGAUGAGAGCUGAGAGUCUGGAAAUCACAGAGUCCCUAGUGUUGGGAUUCGGAUGCACAAAUGCUCUGGUCUUCAGGGAGCUCGUCGAAGAACUCCAUCCAUUGAUGAAAGAAGCACUGGAACGUAGGCCUGAGAACAAGAAGCGUAGAGAGAGGAGGGAUCUUCUCAGGCUGCAGCUGCUGAGGAUAUUUGAACUACUGGCUAACGCAGGAGUCAUCAGUGACAGCACUAAUGGAGCUCUGGAGCGUGAUUCCCUGGCCUUGGGUGCUUUAUUCCUCGAGUACGUGGACUUAACCCGGAUGCUUCUAGAGGCUGAGAAUGAGAAAGAACUGGACGUGCUCAAAGACAUACGAGCUCAUUUCAGUGGGAUGGUAGCCAAUCUCAUCCAGUGUGUGCCUGUCCACCACAGGCGCUUCCUCUUCCCUCAGCAGUCUCUGAGGCACCAUCUCUUCAUUCUCUUCAGCCAGUGGGCCGGGCCCUUCAGUGUUAUGUUUACGCCUCUUGACCGGUACAGUGACCGCAACCACCAGAUCACUCGCUACCAGUAUAGUGCUCUCAAGGCCAUGUCAGCAGUUCUGUGCUGUGGUCCAGUUUUUGACAACGUGGGUCUCUCUACUGAUGGUUAUCUCUACAAAUGGCUUGACAACAUCUUGGCCUGUCAUGACUUACGGGUGCACCGUCUGGGGUGUGAGGUGGUCAUUCUGCUUUUAGAACUGAAUCCAGAUCAGAUCAACCUGUUCAACUGGGCUGUGGACCGCUGCUUCACCGGGUCUUACCAGCUUGCAUCUGGCUGCUUCAAGGCCAUCGCCACAGUGUGCGGUAACAGGAAUUAUCCAUGUGACCUUGUGACUUUGCUCAACCUCGUGCUGUUCAAAGCCUCAGACACCAGCAGGGAAAUAUAUGAAAUCUCCAUGCAGCUGAUGCAGGUGCUGGAAUCUAAGCUGUGUGCAUACUCCAAGCGGAUGGUGGAGCAGAAGCCUGGUAAUAUUUUGUAUGGGACUCACGGCCCCCUCCCUCCUCUGUACAGUGUCAGCCUUGCGCAGCUCUCCAUCCAGCUUGCCAGCAUGUACCCAGAGCUCACGCUGCCUCUUUUCUCAGAGGUGAGCCAACGUUUCCCAACCACCCAUCCUAAUGGCAGACAGAUCAUGCUAUCCUACCUGCUACCCUGGCUUAGUAACAUUGAGCUAGUGGACACAGGUCUCUUACCUCCUGCUUCAAGUCCCUGCACACCAGAGGAAGAACCUCGAGGUCAGGCUCGGGGCCUGGGUGCAUCCCCCAGCCUGAGAGGCAACGGCUGGGGCUCCUUGCAGGCGACAUCAUUGGUGCUCAACAACCUCAUGUUCAUGACUGCUAAGUAUGGAGAUGAGGUUCCCGGACCAGAGAUUGAGAAUGCCUGGAACGCUCUAGUGUCGAAUGAGAGGUGGAGCAACAACUUGCGAGUCACCCUGCAGUUCCUCAUCAGCCUGUGUGGAGUUAGCAGUGACACCACAUUACUGCCUUAUAUUAAGAAGGUGGUGAUUUACAUGUGUCGCAAUAACACCAUCCAGACUAUGGAGGAGCUCCUGUUUGAGCUGCAGCAGACCGACCCUGUCAACCCUGUGGUUUUGCACUGUGAUAAUCCUCCAUUUUAUCGCUUUGCUGCCAGCAACAAAGCCUCCACAUCCCAGACAGGCACCACCUCCAGUAGUAACACCGUAGUGGCUGGUCAGGAAAACCUGCCAGAGACAGAUGAGACCAAGAUGGUCAGAGAGAGUGAAGAACGCCGGGCGAGGGCUCACAACAGACUGGAGUCUCGUUACAGCAACAGCUCCGGAGGCUCCUAUGAGGAUGAAAAAAAUGACCCACUUCCACCUUACGCUGGAUGGCUGCUGAGUAUUCUCGAGACCAACCGUCCUCAGCCGUUACCCAUGCCUGUUAAUGGAGGCUGCUGGGCACCUCUGGUUGACUACCUUCCAGAAACUAUCACACCUAGAGGACCACUGCACAGGUGUAACAUUGCAGUGAUUUUUAUGACCGAGAUGGUAGUGGACCACAGUGUGAGAGAAGACUGGGCUUUACACCUGCCCCUGCUACUACAUGCUCUCUUCUUAGGUCUGGACCACUACAGGUCAGAGGUCUAUGAACACAGCAAACGUCUCCUUCUUCACCUCCUUAUUGCACUCUCCUGCAACAACAACUUUCAGGUAAUAGCCUCAGUACUGAUGCUGACGAGGGAGAUCAGUGACAACAAGACCCUCACAAUCAAGUCCAGCUACCACACAGAGUACCAGCAGUCACACGCACCAGACUUUUUGCGGGAGUGGCAGGCAUCUCCCGUGGUGGACUCUGGUCUCAGCUCCACCUCCAACUCAUCCUCUGCUAGCCUGGGUGGUGGCAGCACAGCCGGCAGUGUUGGAAAUCUGCCCCUUGUAACACCCGAUGACCUGGAGGAUCUUGAAGAUGCGCCCAAUGAGACGGAUGAGAAGACGAAUAAACUCAUUGAGUUUCUCUCCACCAGAUCAUCUGGGCCACUGUGGGUGCAUGAGGACAUCACACCAAAGAACCCCAACUCCAAAAGCACAGAGCAGCUCAGCAACUUCCUGCGCCACGUUGUCUCUGUCUUCAAGGAGUCCAAGUCAGACUUCCACCUGGAGCAGCAGCUUAGUGACGUGGCCUUACAGACGGCUCUGUGCAGCUCCUCGCGUCACUAUGCCGGCAGAUCUUUCCAGAUCUUUAGAGCUCUCAAACAGCCGAUCAACAACCAUGCUGUCUCUGAUCUGGUCUCACGCCUCGUUGAGGUGGUGGGAGAACAUGGAGACGAGGUGCAGGGCUAUGUGAUGGAGGUGCUGUUAACUCUGGAGUCAGUAGUGGUGAAUCUAGCAGAGUGUCUGAAAAACAGUGACCUUAUGGCAGCUCUUACCAGGACAUCCUCACCAGACUUUGUGACAAGUGACAAACUGAUGAACAGAAAGAGCACGGGUCAGCUCAACUUCCCUGGCCCAGGAUUUGUCGGUCUGUCAUCGCAGCGCCACCAGCGCUCCUAUUCUGUCCCCAAGAAGUUCGGCGAGUGUUGCAACCAGUCGAGUGAUCCCCCUCGCAGUGCAACUCUGGAUCGCAUACAGGCUUGCAACAGUCACGGCCUUGCACGAACAGGAAGAAGUUCAGGCUCCUGCACAUCAUCGACCAACCGCAUUGAUCCCAGCGUUCUGUCGGAUCCCGCGCACGUGUCUCAUCCUUCGUCAAUACUGGCCACAGUCUUCUGGGUGGCAGUGUCGCUCAUGGAGUCAGACUUCGAGUUUGAAUACCAGAUGUCACUUCGCCUCGUUCACAAGCUGCUGUCAAAGGUGCCCUUAGACAGAGCAGAGAACCGUGAGCGCCUGGAGAAGCUGCAGGCUCAGCUGAGGUGGAGCGGGUUCUCUGGGAUUCAACAGCUUUUGUUGAAGGGAUUUACCUCCCAGGCUACAUCUGACCUGACCUUACAGCUCUUCUGCCAGCUCACUCCAGUCUCCCGCGUGCCUGUUGUCGACAGCUCACAGUCUAUAGGCUUUCCUCUGAAUGUGCUGUGUCUGCUUCCUCACCUGGUCCAGCACUUUAGCCACCCAACUCAGUUUUGUAAGGAAAGUGCUGAGAGGAUUGCACAGGUAUGUUUGGUGGAAAAGAACACAAAGCUGUCCCAUCUGGCACAUGUGAUGACGCUCUAUAAGACACGUUCCUACACGAGGGACCCUUUCUCCUGGGUCAGCGUGGUUUGCCGCUACCUUCACGAGGCUUUCUCUGACAUAACGCUCAACAUGGUCACCUAUAUGGCUGAGCUGCUGGAUAAGGGACUUCCCAGUAUGCAACAGUCUCUCCUCCAAAUCAUCUACUGUCUGCUUAGCCACAUGGACCUGACUGCUGUGCAGGUCAAACAGUUCAACGCUGAUGUCCUGAAGACCAUUGAGAAGUUUGUCCAGACAGUACACUGGAAGGAUGCCUUAAACAUCUUGAAGCUGGUGGUAUCACGCUCUGCCAGCCUUGUUCAUCCAGUGUACGGCCACACACAGGGUGAUCUUUCCAACCUAGAGGUCAGCAGAGUGUGGGACGGCUCCGCUAAAGCUCUCCCUGGCAAAACUCUGGAUUUCACAUUUGACAUCUCUGAAACACCGGUGAUCGGGCGCCGUUUUGAUGAGCUCCAAGGAUCAGGGGGUAGAGAGGGAAAAGCCAGAGCCAUGGCUGUGACCCGCAGUACUUCCUCCACUUCUUCUGGAUCCAAUUCCAACACCAUUCUGGUGCCUGUCAGCUGGAGGCGACCACAGUUAUCUCAGAAAAGAACCAGAGAGAAGCUGGUGAGCGUUUUGUCUCUAUGUGGACAAGAAGUUGGACUUACCAAGAACCCAUCUGUGAUCUUCUCAUCCUGUGGUGACUUGGACAUGAUGGAGGUGCGGGAGAGCGGCGUGUCAUCUGAGGACGGUGGUACCAGAGAGGACACAUUAGAUGACACCGCCAGUGAGCAGCAGUUCAGGGUUUUCAGAGACUUUGACUUCCUGGAUGUGGAGCUGGAGGAUGGAGAGGAGCUCCAGGGUGAGACUGUCGAUAACUUUAACUGGGGUGUGCGCCGGCGGUCUCUGGACAGCACAGAGCUGGGCGACCUGCUGGAGGAGAGCCAGCACUCAGGCAGUACCCCCAGUCUGGGUCACGAAGACCCUCACGAUUCAGACGAGUCAUCAGAGGAAGAGGAGUCUUCAACUAGCCAGAGCCUCUCCCAUUCUCAGCUUACUAACCCGUCUCCAUCAGAGGAAACCAAUCACACCGAUUCUCUGUCUACAUCAUACGACACAUCUGCUGACCCCCAGUCCCUCAACGCCACCACCCCAAGCCAGGGAGUUCUCCAUGACGAUCACAUUGGACUACAUGUGAGGGUGUGUGGUGAGGACGAGGACACUCAGGCCCAGGAUGAUGAACUGUCGCUGAGUGUCAACGAGCUCCCCCCCGGCUCCGAAUGUGGAGAGAGCUUCACUCUGGAUUUGCCGGGGCAACCUCAAAAUCAGCUGCCAAAUAUGGACCGUGGUCUUAACCCAGACUACUGCCAGCCUCCACUGGACUUUCUAGACCCAAACUGUCUGCCCAGCUUGCGUGAUGAUGUUGAUGAUUUGGAGGACCUUGGGUUUCCUCCUCCCCCCUCUCCAUUUUUUUCCGCCAUCUUGGCAGCGUUCCAACCCACGGUGUGUGACGAUGCCGAGGAGGCAUGGCGCUGCCACAUCAACCAGCUUGUAAUAGACUCAGAUGGGUCUUGUGCUGUCUACACAUUUCAAGUCUUCUCAUCACUCUUUAAGAACAUCCAGGGAAAAUUCUGCACCUUAACAAAAGAUGUUGCCACUUAUCUUGGCGAGGGAUUAAGAGGCAUUGGAUCAAAGUUUCUCAGGUCCUCACAGAUGCUCACCACAUGCUCAGAUUGUCCUACCAUUUACAUUGAUGCUGACACGAUCAUGUCCUAUGGCCUCCUCGAAAAGAUGAAGUUCAGUGCACUGGAGCUGCAAGAGUACCUGGAUACUUACAACACCAAAGAGGAGGCUGCUGUAUCGUGGCUCAGAAACUGUAAGGACACAUUUCCCAGAUGUCCUGGUGACAGUGUGGUUACCUGCCAACCUGGAGAUUCAGAGGAGAAGCAAAUGGAGUCUCUUGCACAACUGGAGCUUUGUCAGAGGCUUUACAAACUUCACUUCCAGCUCCUCCUUCUGUUCCAGUCCUACUGCUCGCUCAUUGGUCAAGUUCAUGCAAUAAGCUCCGUGCCUGAGCUGCUGAACAUGUCUCGAGAGCUUACUGAUCUUAAGAGCAGCCUGCAGGCAGCAGAGGCAGCCGUAGCCAGCGACUUGGAACACAAACACUUGGCCCACACUCACUCACACGCCACCCAGGUGGCAGCCAUGGUUGUGCCCAGCUUCCCCACCUCAGAGGCAGCGGUGCAGGCCAUACUGGAGUGCCUUAGGAACCAUGAGUUCACCAAAGCCGUGCGCUACAUCCAGGAAUGCAGGAGGCAGUGGCCGAACGGAGUGUUUGGCGGCAGCUCAGAGAGUGAGGUCCAGACGCUGCUCAACGUCUACUUCCGUCACCAAACGUUGGGCCAGACGGGCACAAUCGCCCUGGUCGGUUCCCGGCAGGACCUCAGUCUGAUCUGCUCCAAGCUGCUGGAGCUCAAUGGGGAAAUCCGCGACAUGAUCCGCCACGCCCAGGGUUACCGGGUCGUCACAACUUACCUCCCCGAUUCAAGUGCCUCCGCGACCAGUCUCUGACAGGACUUCAGGAGCCCCCCACCCCCUCCUUCUCCACCUUUACCCCCUCCAUCACUGCAGCCAUUGACCCUUCCAAGACAACCUCUGCAUUCCUCUCAGCCUGCUCUUACAGAGGGGGCCCAGCACCCACAUACCUGGCCCCUGCCGCCUCCUAUGUGUCUGCUGCCCCAGAUUCAAAGCUCCAGACAGAUGCACACUUACCACCCUGCCCAGCACUAGAACCUGAAUUAAACCUUUCAUUCCACUCUUCAUCCUCAUCCACUGCAAACUCUGAGACCUCUUUACUUGAUUUUCCCAAACCCCCCGACCUGUUCUCUGCUCAUAGCUCCAACACGCCAGGCCAAUCGCAUUUUACACUGCCGCUCACACAAGAGCCAAAGAGACGUUAUCUAGAGGAGAACACAAGCCUUUAUUAUCCUAUCAGAGUACAUCCAUCAUGCAGUUCACCGCAAUCACAUUUCCACUGCAGCAAACACCUGAUGUCAUCUCUCACAUCCAGCUCUCUCCCAACUGUGGCCUCAGCGCCCACCUUGCUCACACACUCUUACACGAACCCAUCGCCCAUUUCUUCCCGGGACUCUCAUCUUCCCCAUUUCCCACGCUCUCCAUACAAACACUCAAGCCCGUCCUCGAUUCUGCACCCGGGCCGUGACACAGUCUUAACUCACAGCCCUGCAUCGAGUUCAUCUCUUCCCCCUCCCCCACCACCCCCUCCCUGUCCCACCGGCCCAGGAGAGGCUGCAGCUUGGGGUUGUUGUUGCUCCUUCGGCGGUGCUGCUACGCCUUUGACUCGCUACCUGGGGAAGGUGGGACAAGCUGCCCUGCCCUUACUGACAGUAGGGGGGCUCCUGAAUACUGAACCGUCAGACGUCCAAACCUGAGACUUUAAAGUUACCACGCCAGAGGACCUAACGAUCCAACAUCAGAUCUUUGCAUCUGAAAAGUAGACAAUGACAUGCCAGAAAUACCUGGACACUUUAAAUGUUUAAGGACAGGGAAUCAUAUCCCAUGUAUAAUGGGAUUUAUCUCUGGAUACUACAGAUUGCUGCCUGCUGAUAAGAAUGACCUGAUGUGAUUAUAUACAAGCGCAGGCUUUGCUUCUAAAGCUAGAUGUCGUGAAAAAUAAUGUACCUCCUUGUUUAAGUCCCGCUUGACGGUCAUAAUUCAGCAUCUAAUCUGUGCUGCACUCCGAGGACCUGUGAAGGCUUUUAGCUUGGACUUAAACUGGCUUCCCAGAGGAACUUUUAGACAUGCUUGACACUUGCUGCCUCCUUCAGGAAGGAUGAAAGAGACAGUGAGGAAAUGAGCCGUGACACUACGUAGCAUCACUGGAAGAAGUUUCCUCUGUGGAGUUUUGUUAUACGUUUUUUUUCUAAAUGUUGUAGAAAGGAGAUCAUGUAUGUUUUGUUACUGUGAGAGAAAAAGGCUGUCACUUUUAUUAAGAAGGAAAAGCCAAAUGCUGGGAUGAUUUUGUCUCUACUGUUCUGAGGCCUCCUCUGGAGGAAACUGUGCAAUGCAUGACCCAGUUGAAUGCUUUCUACUGUACGCUCCCGUCCUGUCCUUUUCGCCUAGCCCAGACGUCUGACCUCAGACUGAUUGAAAGACUUGCUGACAGAGCAGAUGCAGAAUAUUCAAGCGCAUUUCUUUACGCUGCUCUUUGGCCUGUUUAUAUUCUGUAUUAGUGAAUCAACUUGUCCUCUGACUACUGUUGUAAACAUUGGUAGAGUAAUCAUGCCAUUAUCCGUGCGUGGCGUGCACCCCUCCAUGGCUAGCUGUAGCAUCUCUAGUGAGCGUAAACACUAUAUUUCUGUCGACUUGGUGUUCACAUGCAGAGAAGAUGGCGCAUGUACACAGUCAAGUAUUUGCCCGUCUGUAUACUGCUAAUCGUUACUGUCACACAACCAUAGUAGGAUAUGUUUGUGUGGUUUGCAGUUACCUUACACGUAAGGGAAAUGCUGACAUUCUGCACUCAUUGUAGAUGUGCGAAAUGAAACCCACGCUACACACUACUGAAUCUGAACUCGUCGUUGUCAGCCUUUUUUUGUGUGUGAGACUCUCCCUUGGUUCGGAUCUAGCAAUCAUUUUGCUGUUGCUGUACAAAUGUCUUCUUUUCCUAUUUAUAUCUGAUCAGAUAUGAAACGACACUUAUUUGACUUAGGUUUUAUAAUGAUGUUUGUUCUCUCAAAUCAAACUGCCAUGCAUGCAUUUUCUGUUUACUGUAUGGAGUGUUUGAAAUAUUUAUUAAGAUAAUUUUAUCUGAAAGAUACGUUUGUAUGAGGUACAAAAGGGAGCCACAAGCUCACGCGGGUAUGUUUGUUUUCUUUUUCCUGUGUGUGGGAGAAUGUGUUUGCAUGCCAAACAAGAAGUUGCACAUUUUUAAAGCUUUUUAGAUGAAGACAGUAGUUGUUUUUUCACCUUGUAAAUAUUUUCACAGCCUUUGUGAAGUUGUUUUGAGUUGAAGCUCUGUAAAAGUUGUUAAAGUAAAGACC